AAGGGACCCCGGCCAAUUUGAUGUCUGAGGACGCGGUCGGGUCGGGAGCUGCUCGUCUCCUCCGGUUCCUUCCCCCUCCCUCUCUCCCUCCUAACGACCGAGCGGCUGCCGCCCCGUCCCGUGCCGUCCCGUUCGGAGAAGCCUCCUUCCCGGUGCUCAGCUCCGCGGGGCUCCCAGAGGCGGAUGCCAGCGGGGAUCUGGACGUGAGCCGUCGAGCCAGAUGAUGCCAGCGGCUCUGGGCCCCCGGAUUCCGGGUCCCCGGGGGCCGGAGGGUCCCCCCGUGCUGAAGGUGGAGGAGGCCGGCCCCCCGGCCAGCCCGGAGCCGGUCCCGCGGCGGGCCCCGCGGGUUCCCGAGCGUGGUCCCGAGCGGGGCCCCGAGCGGGGCCCCGAGCUCUGCCGCCUGCUGUUCCAGGGCUUCCGCUACGAGGAGGCCGCGGGCCCGCGCGCGGCCCUGGGGCGUCUGCGGGAGCUGUGCGGCCGCUGGCUGCGGCCCGAGCGGCGCACCAAGGAGCAGAUCGUGGAGCUGCUGGUGCUGGAGCGGUUCCUCAGCGCCCUGCCCGCCCACCUCCAGGCCUGGGUGCGCGACCGGCGGCCCCACAGCGGCGACGAGGCCGUGGCCCUGCUCGAGGCCGCCCAGCCGGAGUCCGGGAGGCCGAGGCAGUGGGUGACGACCCGGGUCCACGGACAGGAAGUGUUGGCGGAGGAGGGGGCGCCCUCGGAGGCCGCCCCGCUGUCCCCGAGCCUGGGGCUGUCGGGACCCCCGGCCCGGGGCCCGGCCAGGGAGGAGGCCGCUGCCUGUGGACCGGACGUGGAGCCGAGAGAGCAGCCGGGCCUCGGCCUCAAAGAGCCUGGGCCGCUACAGGACGGCGCUCCACUUGCUCCCCAGGAGGGGAGCCCUAGGGGCCAGGAGCUGGCAGCUGAACUCCUCCGAGCUGGGUUCCAGGGACUGGUGACAUUCAAAGAUGUAACCAUGAGCAUCUCCCAAGAAGAAUGGGAACAGCUUGACCCCGACCAGGUGGACUUCUAUGGAGAAUACGUCCCUCAGGAGAACUGUGAUUUCGUGGUCUCUUUGGGGUUCUCCAUUCCCAAGCCCCAAAUCUUCUCCCACGAGGACGUCGGGGAAGGAUUUUGGCUUCCGGACCUCCAGCCCUCGGAGGAGAGCGUCAUCCCUAGAGGAUUCUGUGCAGGUGGGAAGCAAGGAGCCGUCGGCGAGAACGAGGCCGACGUGGCGGCCGCUCAGCCGCGCCGGGCACCAGGCGGCCCGGAGGGGGACGUCCCGGGGGACUCCAGCUCGGUUCUUCUCGCCGGGGCCCCGGACACCCAGCCCCUUCUGGGGAGACCCUAUGGGUGCCCGGAGUGUGGCAAAAGGUUCCGUUGGCAGUCGGACCUGGCCAGGCACCACAGGAGCCACACCGGGGAGCGGCCCUACCGCUGCCCCCGCUGCCCCAAGAGCUUCGGCCAGAACUCGCACCUCCGGCGGCACCAGAGAACCCACCCCCCGGAGAGGGCCGGCGAGGGCCAGGCGGGUGGGAGGAGGAGCGGCUGGGGCCUGGACCCCCUCCGCCUCCCGCUGAGAGGCCGCCCGCCCCAGAGGGGCCCCCGCCGCCCCGUCUGCGGGGGGCCCUUCCCCGCGGGGCCUCUCCGCCUCGAGCACAGGAGGUCCGGGGAGCAGCAGGGGAGAAGCUUCCCGCCGCCGAGCCCGGCUCCCCAGCUGCAGCACCGGAGAACGCCGGCUCUCGCCCCCACCGCGGAGAGCUGGCCGGCCCCAGCUCGGGAGUGGGGGAAGAGCCCCCUCUACUCCUGGGGGGAUCGGCCCUCCCCGGGCCGGCCAAGCGGAAAGAGGCUCGAGCACGACUGGCCCCCGGCCAAGCCCCGGCAGGCCGCCGCGGCGGAGAAGGCCUACGCGCGGCCCCUCUGCGGGCCGAGCUUCGGCCCGAGCGUGCCCGUCGGCUCCGUCCCCGCUGGCUUCGCCCGGGAGGGGGACCCCGCCCACGUGAGGGGGAUGGGCGUGGCGUCAGUGGAAAGCGGCCUCUGCUGAAACCCCCGCCGGACCGCCCCCCCCAGCCCGGAGGGAGCGCCCCGUUGAAGCCUCCCCUUGGGGAGGCGACGGGGAAGGAGCGUCCGAGAAUCGCCCUUCCCCACGGGGAGCCGCCGGGCCCCAUUAACGCCACGGCCGGGAAUUCUUUCUCUCUGGGCCACUCUGUCUCGGUUUCCCUCUCCCGGCCCCUUUCCGUCUCGGCCCGGCUCCCUCGCCCACUCCCUGCCGCGAUUCCCUUUGGCUCCAGGCGCUUUCUGACUGGCCUGGUCUCUCUUCCCACCUCCUGGGGGCAGAGCGUCCUGUCCUUCCUACGGGCCGGAUGGCUGGCUGGGCUUUUCCGCGGAGAGGGAGGGACGACGAUUGGGUAUCCGUUUCCCAUUUAUGCCACCUCCUGGGGUGUCACGUGGCCCGCUCCUUGGCGGCAGUGGGC